AUGGGAAUUAGAAACCAAACCACCAUCUCAGACUUCCUACUCCUGGGAUUUUCUGACACCCCGGAACAGCAGCCUCUCCUUUUCAGGCUCUUCCUGGCCAUGUACCUGGUCACUGCGUUGGGGAACCUGCUCAUCAUCCUGACCAUUGCUUCUGACCAGCACCUCCACACCCCCAUGUACUUCUUUCUGGCCAACCUGUCUCUCACUGAGAUAUGCUUCACCUGCACCAUAGUCCCCAAGGUGCUGGUGAACAUGCACACACAACAUUACACCAUCUCCUAUUCAGGGUGCCUCAUGCAGAUGUACUUCUUCAUGGCUCUAACCCUGCUGGAUGACUUCUUGCUGGCCGUGAUGGCAUAUGAUCGCUACGUGGCCAUCUGCCUUCCUCUGCACUACACCAUGGUCAUGCAUCCCAGACGCUGCCUGAUGCUAGGGGCCAUUUCCUUGCUCUGCUCCAACCUCCUGGCUUCCUCACUCACUUUUCUAAUGACCCAAUUCUCAUUCUGUGCCUCCCAUUCCAUCCCACACUUUUUUUGUGAUCUUCUCCCCCUGCUUAAACUUGCCUGUUCAGAUACCCAUAUCUUUGAGGUCAUGAUGUUUGCUGAAGCAGCACUCUCAGGUGUGAUCCCAUUCACCUGUGUCCUGGUUUCUUAUGCCCACAUCAUGCGCACCAUCCUCGGGAUCCAGUCUGCCGGGGGCAAGCACAAAGUGUUCUCUACCUGUGGCUCUCACCUGUCAGUGGUCACUCUCUUCUAUGGGACCCUCUUUCUGGUGUAUUUCCAGCCUUCAUCCUCCUACUCAGCAGAUACUGGAAUGGUGGCAUCUGUAGUAUACACGAUGGUCACCCCCAUGCUGAACCCUUUCAUCUAUAGCCUGAGGAACAAGGACAUGCAGGGGGCCUUGUGGAGACUCCUCGGCUUGAGAAAAUAUUCUACUCAGUAA